AUGGACGGCCCGAAGAUCGCCGAGUAUAUACAAAGGUUUCAUGAUCUGUCUCACGUGGUACCAUACAUGGUUACGCCUGAAUUCAAACGCGUGGAACGUUUCAUCUGGGGGUUGGCACCUCAGAUUAUGAGCAUGGUCACAUCUUCAAAACCUGCAACAAUUACUGAAGCUAUCGAUCUGAGUGUGUCACUGACUGAGGAAGCUAUCAGGCUAAACAAGUUUUCGAAAUCCGACCAGAAAAAGAAAGAAACUCAUGUUGAAUCCUCGGGGGAGAACAAACGGAAUUUCUACAACUUCAAGCAAGGUACCAGCAGUUCGAACAAGAAGGGUGAGACAAGCGCAUCGGCCAAGGCCAAAGGAAAGGUGUAUAUGGGCAACUUGACCAAGUGUAACGCGUGUCAGUUGCAUCACGAGGGACGAUGCAGAUCUGGAAAAUGUGAAUCUUGUGGAAAAGUUGGCCACUCAAAAGAAACAUGCUAG